AUGUCUAAGAUAUCCAGAAGCAUAAUCUCGAUGUCUAAGAUUGUAAAGGCGAAACCUUCUCCCAAAAUGAUGUGGUUCAUGAGCUGUUUGGUGACGAUACUUGCUUCACAGGCCACAAAAACGCUUGCAGCAUCCAAACCAUAUGAUACCAAUGCAACAACCAUAUUAACGUUAGCAUCUACCACAGUAUUAGCAACAUCAGCGAACACUACUGCAUCAACAUCCUCAACAAAUACCAGUGCACCAACAAUAUCCGCAACUACAACUGUAUCAAUGUUACCAACAUUUACCAGCUCACCGAUAAUAUCAGCAAAUACCACUAUUACGCCAAUGACAACAGUAAAUACCACUACUACGCUAAUGACAACAGUAAAUACCACUGCACCACCAGCAUCAGCAUAUACAACUGCAUCAACCACACCUGGAGGUACAAUUGCAUCAAUCACAUCUGGAAAUACAACUGCAUCAAUCACAUCUGGAAAUACAACUGCAUCAAUCACAUCUGGAAGUACAACUGCAUCAAUCACAUCUGGAAGUACAACUGCAUCAAUCACAUCUGGAAAUACAACUGCAUCAAUCACAUCUGGAAGUACAACUGCAUCAAUCACAUCUGGAAGUACAACUACAUCAAUCACAUCUGGAAGUACAACUGCAUCAAUCACAUCUGGAAGUACAACUGCAUCAAUCACAUCUGAAAGUACAACUGCACCAAUCACAUCUGGAAAUACAACUGCACCAAUCACAUCUGGAAAUACAACUGCACCAAUCACAUUUGGAAAUACAACUGCAUCAAUCACACCUGGAAAUACAACUGCAUCAAUCCCAUCUGGAAAUACAACUGCAUCAAUCACAUUUGGAAAUACAACUGCAUCAAUCACAUCUGGAAGUACAACUGCAUCAAUCACAUCUGGAAGUACAACUGCAUCAAUCACAUCUGGAAGUACAACUGCACCAAUCACAUCUGGAAAUACAACUGCACCAAUCACAUCUGGAAGUACAACUGCACCAAUCACAUCUGGAAGUACAACUGGACCAAUCACAUCUGGAAGUACUACUACACCAAUCAAAUCUGGAAGAACAACUGCAUCAAUCACAUCUGGAAGUACAACUGCACCAAUCACAUCUGGAAGUGCAACUGCAUCAAUCACAUCUGGAAGUACAACUGGACCAAUCACAUCUGGAAGUACAACUCCAUCAAUCACAUUUGGAAGUACAACUGCAUCAAUCACAUCUGAAAGUACAACUGCAUCAAUCACACCUGAAAGUACAAUUGCACCAACAAAAUCUUCAAAUGCUACAGAACAUAUAACAACACCAAGUACCAUUGCAUCGACAAUUCGAACAACCUCCUUUGUUGAAAACAUAACGUACUAUGAAUAUUCAGUAUCAAUGACACUGACUAAAAUAAGCAUAGAAAAUGACAACUCGAGCGAGAAACAGCAACAAAAGAUGAAAAUUUUACGUCAACUACUGGACAGUUGUUCUGAGGAAUACACAAGGAAGGAUUCUAUUCACUUUUUCGUCUUUCAAAACUAUCUAAAGUCUCAAAUUUGUGGUAUUGACGCAUUUCUAGAACAGGAAUGUCGCUUGACGAUUACAAAGUUAGAAUGCGGUAGUCUGAUUACCAAAUCUAAGUUGGUGCUUGGAGUGAAAGGAUCGGAUCCUAGUGGCAUUUCAAAAGGCAAAGCUGGAAAUAUAGUCCGGAAUCAAAUACAAAAUGGAACACUAGGUGCAUUCGAAGUAGAUGUGAAAUCUUUUAUGUCUGACCCAAAAGGACAAACGAGUAUGCCAGAGCCGACUGAAAAACCAACUGUACCUGAACCCAACGUGUAUGUGAUUGUCACGAUGAAAUAUACCUGGAUCAGCUUCUGUGGAAGCGUGGAGCAGAAAUUUAGGGAAAUGCUCGCAGGAAGGUCACGUGACCUUAAGGGCAAUACCUUAAAAUCAACCGACAUAUACAUCGUGAAUGGAGAAAGAAAUUGUGAAAACCCGGAUGAUACCACACAGAGAAUCGAUGUUUGGUUUUCAGUGAUAGGAUCAGAUGCAGAUGAAGUCACCAUUAAAGUUGGGGAGGAUCUAAAGGACCUGCUGGAAUCCAAACAGCUGGGCAAACUAGGAAAGCUGUUUGAAAACAGGAUAACUGAUGUGGACUUUGGUGGUAAAAAUGCUCCCAGAUCUUCGAGCAGUUCAGACAACAAAAAAAUAUGGCUUGCUGUUGGCAUACCCUUGGGGGUUCUUGUUCUUGCUAUCGUAGUCUACGUGGCCUAUUAUCGAAGGAGAGCUAAACGUAAUUUUAUGGGAAGAUAUAACACAGACAUCGAUAUGGCAAACAUUGCCGGUUCUAAAAAGGGAUCAACUAAUAUUGGUUUCAACUAGGAAGUACAGAACAACGAUAUGUGGAACAGUGAUACAUGCAACUAGGAAACUAAACCCGCGAAAAGAGAUUUUUAUUUUUUUUUACUUUAAAGUUCAAACAUCGAUGGUUUUAAGGAAAACUUAAACACUUAAUUUUAGCAUAGUUUUUAUGCUUUUAUUUCUAUUCUUCUUGCAAAAAGAAGCUUAAGGCUUGGGCGUCUUGAAAUGCAACUUUUUACAUAUUAUUAAAUAUUAUAGCUAGUUGGAUGGAUAGAUAGAUGGAUGAGGGACCAGUAAUUAAACAAUAAAUAGACUCGCGAGACUUCAUACGUUUUAGCUACAUAUUAGAAAAGUAUCUAUUACUAUCACUAAUAGGUAUAGUGGAUAAUAAUUCCAUGUUGAAUUCCAUGUUAGUAUCACUAACAGUAUCACUAAUAGGGCCUAGUUUAUAAUUCCGUGUUCAGUAAGUCUUAAAUAUACGAAUUUAUUCCUUGAAAUUAGGUUAGGAUUAUAGGUAUUAGCUUAGAUUUAUGGUUGAUUAUCGUAAAUCCCAAUCCUAAUAGGAUUUCCUGCGUCAACAUGGAAUUACUAUCCACUAUAAUGAUGGAUUUUGAACUUUCCGUUUGCAUUCAAGUGUCAUUUUUUAGCCGUUGAUUUAAUUUUUCAUUUAUA